CUGGGGCCUGAAAUCCCAGCCCCCACCUGCAGUGCAGAAUGGCAAGUUCCCAGGGCACCAGCCUCCAAAUGGCUAUGGACCAGGAGCAGAACCGGGUUUUAAUGGUGACCUCCACCAACAGAAAAUUGGUGUUGGUUAUGGGAAUGCUGUCCUGGGAGCCAGGGUCUUCCCCGAGGCCCACCCACAGCCAGAGUUCCCUGGGGCCAGAGGUUUUAGGAAUGGUGAGUCAGACCCAGGGGACAAAGUGCAGUGGGGUUGGGGAGACAACAGCCCAGGGGCUAGGCGGGAAUGACCAGAGUCUCUUGCAGGGGAUGAGGCAGAAGCUCUGGUGUACCCCAAAGCAGGAGCUCCAGCCCCUGAAGGAAAUGUGCAGGCCCGGGUGCUGUGGGACUCUCGCUGGCCCACCCUUCAGGCCUGGGGGGCUGGCUUGAAGCCUGGAUAUCAGGCUGGAGGUGAAUAUGCUGAGGCCAGGAGUCAGCCAGGUAAUGGGAUGCCUGGAUGAGUGUGUUGGAGCCAUUAGAGGAGGCUUCAGGGAACUGGGCCCUGGGCCCAGGUCUACCCACAGCCCCACAGAGAUGGAAGGUACAGCCCUCUUGGUGGAGGGGAUAGAGUGAGUGGGAAGACGCCAGGAGGGCAUAGGCAGGAAGGAGCAGGAAGGAACGGGGUUGGAGGAGAGGCCAGCAGAGCCCAG